UUCAAAAUAAAUUAGGUUGCGUUCUGCAACUUAGGAUUGAAGUUACUCAUUCGUUUACCUUACGCUCCCAUAGCACGCUCGUUGUUUGACCUUCAAGGGCGUAACUACCUGCAUUUUGUACUGUAUCUAAAUCCGACCUUAGGCGCGGUAGUCAAAAUGAACAUCUUAGUGCCAUAAUCCGAUACUGUAAGCAUUUUAUGCUGCAUUUAUUCCCGAAUUAUUUUCAUCUUAAAUCCUGCACUGUAUAUUCGCACUAUGAUAAAUUUUAUGUUAUUGUUUAGUCGUCAAGGUAAAGUGCGACUUCAAAAAUGGUAUAGCUCUUAUACGGAGAAAGAAAAGAAAAAGUAUUUACGCGAAAUUAUUUCUCUAGUCUUUGCGAGGAAACCAAAAAUGUGCUCGUUUCUAGAAUGGCAAGACCUUAAGAUUGUGUACAGAAGAUAUGCUAGUCUCUAUUUUGUGUGCGCUAUUGAUCAGACAGAUAAUGAAUUGAUUACAUUGGAGAUUAUUCAUCGUUACGUGGAGAUUCUGGAUAAAUAUUUUGGAAAUGUCUGUGAAUUGGACAUAAUCUUCCACUUUGAAAAAGCUUACUUUGUUUUGGAUGAAUAUUUACUAGCUGGUGAAGUACAAGAGACAGGGGCGAAAGAAAUUCUUUCUGUGAUAGAUGCACAAGAUAUAAUUCAAGAGGAUGAAGUCCCACAAAAACUUUUCGAAGACCAAAGUCUCAAUUGACAGUAGUACUUUAUUUGGGUCGCCAGAUUAUUUAAGUCUUACGUUUACCUCCCUCCAUGGCAUUGUCAGAUGUUCUUGAAAAUAAACUUUACUUUUCUACUGCCUUGA